CUCGCCAGCCAGUCGUCAUCGGAUCAUCCCGGGGCCACUUUGGCCGGUUGGGAAACUUGAGAGUGGGGUUUUUUUUUCUUUCUUCACUUUUCUGUUCGAAAUGGUCAGUUUGGAAAUUUGCGCCGUUUGCGGUGUUCCGGCCGGUCAACGGUGCGGUGGGUGCCAGCAGGUGUCCUACUGUGGCAAGGACCACCAGCGGCAGCACUGGAAGGAGCUCCACCGGAAGGAAUGUCGGUGCUACCGGCUCUCCACGAAUGCAACGCUCGGUCGUCACUUGGUGGCAACCCGGCCAAUCCGCAGCGGUGAGGUUAUCUUUCGCGAAUCACCAACGGUUCUGGGCCCCAAAACUGCCAGCGUUCCUCUCUGUUUGGGCUGCCACCGCAAUUUGGAUCCAAUUACGACCGAUGCUGGCAAGAAGUACUACAACUGCCAGCACUGCGGUUGGCCCCUGUGUAGUCCGAGUUGCGAAACGAGCUGUUACCAUCGGGACGAGUGUCAGCUAUUCGCUUCAAAAAGCUACCGACCACAAAUUCGCUUCGACGAGCUCGUUCCCAGUAAAAAGCAUUCUGGCUAUUGUGCAAUAGUUCCUCUGCGUGCCAUUCUGCUCAAGCGAAAGGAGCCGGCCCGGUUUGCGAAGCUGGCAACACUGGAAUCGCACGUUGAAACGCGCCAAUCCACGCCACUGUACGCCGCAGUCCAGUCCAAUCUGGUGCCAUUUGUCAGGGAUGUGCUGAACCUACGCAACGAAGUCAGCGUGGGACAGCUAAUGGAAAUUGCAGGGAUUUUUGAUACCAACAGCUACGAAAUAAGGAUCCCGGAACGUGGUAUCAAGAUACGUGCGUUGUACGAACUGGGCGCCAUGAUGGCGCACUGCUGCCAACCAAACACGAAGCACUUUUUUGACGAGGAGCUCAAUCUGGUGAUGAUUGCGGCCGUGGACAUUCCGAAGGACGAAAUGAUUUCUAUUUCGUACGCCCAACCCCUGCAGGCCACCAUCCAGCGUCGAUUCACUAUCAAACAGGCAAAGUGCUUCGAGUGUGGUUGCCAUCGAUGCUCGGAUCCAACAGAGUUCCGCACCUAUGCCGGUUCCAUCGUCUGUCCGCAGUGCAGCAAAUCCAUGGUGGUGGCCGUCAACCCCCUUGAUUUCCGAUCCGACUGGAGGUGUGAGGACAAAAAGUGCUCCUACCGUGAGUCCGCCCAGCAGUACAUCACCCGGAACGAGGCAUUCCGUGCAGAAAUAGGCCAACUAUCCUGCGGCGCCGGUCCAGACGGCUACGAAUGCCUUCUUGGCAGGUUUCAAUCAACGGACGUGCUUCAUCCCUGGAAUACCAAUGUGCUGCAGGUGAAGUACGCACUCACCCAGCUGUACGGGGGAGGUGGACCAGGUGGAAUCAAUCUUAAAGAUCUUUCCGAGAAGCAACUGCGACGAAAGGUGGAACUCUGCGUAGAUCUGCUGGAGGUGGCAAAUCAAUUAGAACCAGGAAUGAGUCCGUUUCGUACGAAACUACUACAGGACUUACAUGCUGCUCUCGAGGCGAUGAAGAGCAUUUCUGGAAACUCGUUCGACAGCGCACCAGCCAUUGUGGUUCAACAUCCGGGCGUUUCUCUGAAAACACACAAAUUCAACGGCCCAGGAGCUAACGCUAGAAAACAUGGAAAGUGCAAAACUACUACCUCAUCUCCUUCAACCAUGAAGCAGCAGUUGGAAAAUGUCGAGCAAGAGCUUUCCAUAAUUAUGGCAUGUGAUCCAACCCUCCGGAAGACAUCAAAGGACCUGUACACAUGAUUGAA